AUGGACGGAUCAGUAACGACUCAACGAACUCGCUCGCCGCCGAUACGGCCAGCGCGACCCGAAGUAGGAGUUGACAAUGUCUCCUACGGUCGUCCUUCAGCCGAAUACUUCACAUCUGUCACGGCCGGGGCACAACAAAGUCAGAUUGACGACGGAAGACGCAGCACCGACACAACCGCAAAGCCCCGCAAACGCAAAUCAGCGCGAUAUUCGGUAGGCAAUGGCGCAGGAGUAGAGGGCGCGGAGAGAAAGGGCUCAAUACGCAACGCGGUGCGGCGCUUAUUUGGAAGAAAGUCCAAGGGCGACAUUCCAGAAGUACCCGCCUUGCCACGGGUAGAAGCGUCGCGACAUGGCUAUCAUAAAAGCGACCCCGGUAACUUCAAGCGACCACAAACAAUCCACACGCACCCAUCCGAUGCCAUCCACCAACGUAUCAUCUCUGCACCACUGUCGACUCAUCUCGCCGGUCCACUUUCCGCUCCUUUUCAGUCGCAACAACCUCUUCAUGACUACAAUACCAAUCCGGCACGCGCGUCGCCUAGCUUUGCCGUUGAAUUCCCCAAGAGCGCCCGUUUGAAGCCCCUAGAUCUGGCUAAUCCAUUCUACACCCGCGACCAUGGUCCGAAGCGGAGGGCUACCCUGCCCAGUCUGAUCAUGACUGCUAACGAAGCCGCCGACAUCUCGAACACAGUACGACAGGAUCAAGACGUAAGAGCUGUAGACGCAAGUUCAGAUGCUGGACACCGGACACCAGGCACAGGGAAGAACCUCACUAGGCCAGUCGCGACAGCUGGAGCCAGGUCGAGGAUGGACAAGAGGAGGUCACGUAGUGCGAACGAUCUCAAGCAAGCAAUGGUAGCCGCUGAGCCCUUCCGGGAUCGUACCGGUGAGAUUGAGUAUUGGCGCCGGAGCUAUGCCAGCGUCCUCCUCAGCCCAACUGGGAGAGCCCCAGUCUACGAUUAUCCUCACGCUGAUACCGAGGUCGACACAGCGGAUGUGCCUGAGGUUCCUGAUGUACCUGAAGUGCCCGAAGUGCCUGAACACUUCAUUAGGGAACCGGACUUCGUCUCAGUCCCAACGCCUCUGUCGGCACAUCCUCCUCUGCCACGCGCUGAUGCUGUUUCGCUCCCCUCUACGCGUGGACAAUCAGUGCCUGCAAAAAACCCAUCUCCGCAGUUGACUGUUCGCUCUUUCAGCCGUCCGCUUACUACACCUGCGAUGGAGAAUUCUGCCGAUCUAGAGUCGCGUGUUGCCAAACUUGAGGCUCACCUUGUUGACUUCCAGCGGUCGCUGUCAAACCUCGCCCUAUCUAGCCCUUCAGCCGUAGCUCCAACCGAGCCACCAGGCUCAUCACACCGUCAGCAAACGCCUAGCAUCUUUGUCGAGUCACUACAAGCGCCCACACGAGGUUAUGAAGACGCUGGCGAUAUCAUGGAGCGCGAGUGGGGUCCAAGCAGUCAAAGUAGCAUGAAUGGUGAUCGCCCCAACCUCGCUCCUCCGACCCUGCGCAGUACUGCUGCCACAUCCAAUGGCACGUUUACUGCCCUUUACAACAUGUUGUCUGAAGAGCGUUCUGCUCGCCGCAUCCUCGAGAAUCAGGUCCGCAACCUUCAGCAUGAAGUUACUCGCCUGCAGCUUUCGCGUGGUAGUUGGGGUAGCUACACAGCACAAUCCCUCCCGCAAGCACAACGACCACGCACCCCUGCAGAGUCAGAUGGUGGCCGCAGCGCCUCGCGGUUGGAGGCAUACAAUGCUCUCUCCUCGCCUGCCACUGUUGUUCCGCCAGCUUCCUUUUUGCGUGCUUUCGAUAGACCUGAUGGUCGAAUUCAGAGCCGCUUUUCCGGUGACUCUGGCGAAGAUAGCGAAUAUGGUUCUCGCCAUCGUAGCGCUGGCGUCGACAGUGGGCGUAGGAGUAUUCCUCGCAGCUCGAUACGCCAGACGCCGCCGAACUACGAGUACGCCCAGCCACCAACUCCGUAUGAACUGUACCGCACGCCUGCCGAAGAAAGAGGCGCUUACCGAUUCAGUGAGGACGAGAUGUUCUGA